UCUCACGCACUCCAACGAGAAACCGGUGAAGAAACCGACGACACGGAAACCCUCCUUUCCUUCCCCCUUUUCAUUCCUUCCUUCGCCCCCAUUUCCCUCUCUUCUCCUCUCUCUGUCUCGGCUUCCCACUCGCCCAGCAAGCCAGCAACAAUGGUGUCCGACUCGGAGCUCAUCGGCAGGCUGCGGGAGUUCCUCAAGAAUUCGGACCUCGAGACGACCACCAACACCAUCGUCCGCCGGAAACUGGAGGAAGACUUCGGGGUGAAUUUGUCUGAUAAGAAGGGUUUCAUCAGAGAACAGGUCGACUUGUUCCUCCAAUCCCAGUUCGAGGAACAGGCGGCCGAGGUUGUAGGCGACAAUGGAUACGAAGAAGAAGGAAGCGCCGCCGAUGAUCGGGAAUCGAGGGUACAAGACGGCGAUGAAGUGGAAGAAGACGAGGAGGAGGAAGAAGAAACAGUAGGAAGAUCGAGUAAACGGAAGACUCGUGCCAAAGGCAGGUCCAGAAAGCAACCUGAAGAAGGCAAAAAGAGUGCUGGGGGUGGUUUUACCAAAUUGUGUCGACUGUCUCCUCAACUUGAGGAGUUUCUUGGAGCUCCUGAAAUGGCUAGAACAGAGGUGGUCAAACAAUUAUGGGUUUACAUCAAAGAGAAAGAGUUACAAGACCCGAGUAAUAAGAGAAACAUACUAUGUGAUGAACCAUUGCGUACAAUUUUUUGUGUCGACUCAAUCAACAUGUUUGAAAUGAACAAAGCCCUCACGAAGCACAUUUGGCCAUUGGAUUCAUAUGAUGUAAUUCCAGUCAACACAGCUAUACAGAAGGAAAAGAUAAAUCAGCAAGAGAAUGAAGAAGGUACAUAUUGGCAGCCUUUGCUUGACCCUGUGUUAGAACCAGAUGAUCCAGGAUGGAAAGAGAAGCGGCAGAAAGGCGGAACCAAAGGAUAUAUGGCCCCUCUUCAGCUUUCGGACCUCGAGACCACCACAAACACCAUCGUUCACCAAAAAUUGGAGGAAGACUUCCCGGUGAAUUUGACUGAUAAAAAGGGUUUCAUUAGAGAACAGGUCGACUUGUUCCUCCAAUCCCAGUUCGAGGAACAGGCGGCCGAGGUUGCAGGCGACAAUGAAUACGAAGAAGAAGAAGAAGAAGGAAGCGCCGCCAAUGAUCGGGAAUCGGGGGUAAAAGGCGGCAAUGAAUUGGAAGAAGACAAGGAGGAGGAGGAAGAAACAGUAGGAAGAUCGAGUAAACGGAAGACUCGAGCCAAAGGCAGGUCCAGAAAGCAACCUGGAGAAGGCAAAAAGAGCGGUGGGGGUAGUUUUACCAAAUUGUGUCUCCUGUCUCCUCAACUUGAGGAGUUUCUUGGAGCUCUUGAAAUGGCUAGAACAGAGGUGGUCAAACAAUUAUGGGUUUACAUCAAAGAGAAAGAGUUGCAAGACCCGAGUAAUAAGAGAAACAUACUAUGUGAUGAACCAUUGCGUACAAUUUUUUGUGUCGACUCAAUCAACAUGUUUGAAAUGAACAAAGCCCUCACGAAGCAUAUUUGGCCAUUGGAUUCAGAUGAUGUAAUUCCAGCCAAGACAGCUACACAGAAGGAAAAGCAAAAGCAGCAAGAGAGUGAAGAAGGUACAGAUUGGCAGAUCACUUUUCAUUUGAAUGAUACUAGUGAAGCAGAUGAUGAAAAGAAAAUGUUGAACAACCUCUCAUACAACCAGAUGAUCCAGGAAGGAAAGAGAAGCGGCAGAAAAGCGGAACCAAAGGAUUUAUGGCCCCUCUCCAGCUUUCGGAUCCCUAGUAAAGUUCCUUGGCACCGGUCAACAUGCAAUGUCUCGAUCCGAGGUCAUCAAGAGAAUGUGGGACUACAUAAAGCAGAACAAACCUUCAGGUAUGUUGUUACCUUGGAUCCAUCCGAUAAGAGGAAAAUCAUAUGCGACGAGAAGCUGAGAGAACUGUUUGAUGUUGAUUCCUUCGUCGGCUUCACAGUUACGAAACUUCUAUCAGCGCAUUUCGUGAAGAGCUGACACGAACAAUGGCUCUCUGUUCAUCUCGCCGAGGUUUUGAUCAGAGGACACGACGAGUGCGUUCCUGUUUUUUUGAAUGGUGGGUCUGACUUGUGAUGGUCCCUCAGAAGAAGAAUGAAGGGAGGAAGGAAGGGUUGGUGGCCUAAAUUCACCGCUGCCAGAUCGCCAAGAGAGAGCCGGCUCUUUUGCUUUCCACCCUUCUUAGUUCUCAUUCUGUAGUUUCUUCUUCGCUCUCACGUUUCUUGCUGUACAUUUUCCUAGUCCACUUCCCCAGAAAACCACGGGGCAAAUAGGAGAUCGACUGCUUUUUCGUCUUCCUUCUGUAGGUGUAAUGACAGACAGACAGUCGUCCCUUUUUAACACAGUGCAAGUUUUCUUUGAAGUUGGCCAG